UGACGUCACUGUUGAGUCUGGAACAGCUGUUCUAAACAGUAGUGUACGUUGUCGUGCGAACAAUAUCCAUUGACAAAGUUUAAUUUGAUAUUAGUGACGGAGAGUUACAAUGGAAAAUAUCUUUGGGAAGGAAGAUUCUGGAAAUGAAAGCGAACAUAAUGAUGUUGAUGAUGACAAAGAUAACCCCUUACAAAAUUCAGCGUCCAAAGAUAUCGAGGUUAUGGAUAUUGAUAGUUUGCAAGUUAAGGCAGAAUCUGACGCAAUGAGUUCUCGGUCACAGUCAGACACGGAAGAUAUGCCAUUGAAUUCUAUAACUCCAAUUAUAGAAGAUCAAAUAGAAAUUAUAAAGCACGAAAUUGAAACGAAAGAGGAAGAACAAACUCCCGAGGAUAUAUUCGGUAACGAUAUCAUAUUACCACGUGCGAAGCCAAUUAGUUCUAAAGAAAGAAGAGAGAGUAAGGAAAAGAGCAAAAAGGAACUAGAAGAAGAGGAACGAGAAAAGAUGCAGGUGUUAGUAUCCAACUUCACUGAGGAUCAAUUGGAUAGGUAUGAGAUGUACAGACGUGCUGCAUUUCCAAAAGCAGCUAUAAAGAGGAUCAUGCAAACUAUAACGGGUUGUUCAGUGUCCCAGAAUGUUGUUAUAGCUAUGUCAGGAAUUGCCAAAGUAUUCGUUGGUGAGAUCGUCGAAGAAGCUUUGGACGUUAUGGAACGUCACGAUGAAACCGGUCCAUUACAGCCAAAGCAUCUGCGAGAGGCUGUCCGCCGGUUGAGGCUGCAAGGCCAGAUACCAAAUGGUCGAGCACACAAAGCUUUUUUCAGACUCUAAUGUCAGUCAUAGUCGGACAUUGUCGACAUGUUAGUACAAUGCUUCUCUUAUAGAAGCCUAUCGGUGUUAGAAUCUGUUAACAUUGUGUGCGUAUACAAAAUAUCGUUAGCAGUCAGGCUCAGACUUUACAUGUUAAACCUACCACCUCUGCCUAUCAUGCUCAAAUUACGUACAGACAUCUGUACUUGACUGUAAGUCGACAUUUAUUAAUAUUAUAUAAACUAUUAUAUUUUAUUAAGUAUAUCGGUUUAUGCUUUGAUCUCCAAGUAGAAUAAGCCGAACAUAGUUACACGUCUAUUUUUAUAUUACAUGCACAUUUUAUUGACACAUGAAUUUUAAAUAUCCCUGGAACUUUUAAAGUACAUGUAUAAAGUAAAUAGGAAAGGGGGUAAUCGUGAUCAUUAUAUAUAUAUUUAAUUGCAAAUUAUGCAUAUAUGAGGAAUAUAUGCAACGUUACAUAUAACAUGUGUAACACGUGAAUACGUAUUUUGGUAGUUACUCAUAAAAAAACAUGUGAUAGUAUUUUAAUAUAUCAUUUAUAAUAUUUAUACUGUAUAUUUUAAAUUAACAAUUAAUGUAAUAUGUUAUAUCAUCUCAUUGUACUUGUUUGUCUCAUCAUAGGAUUAUUAAUAUCCUGUUUUAUAUAAACAUCUCUCCUUUUUACAAAGUUUAUAGCUGAUCUAUCAAAAUGUACAUCUUCCUGGAAUUCCUGAUAUAUAAUUAUGAUAAAUCUAAGAAUAUUAAUCGUUAUAUUGUAAACACAGUUGAAUUAUGCAUUGAAAUCUAGACAAUCUAAAAGCAAACGAAAAAAAAAAAAAAUGGAAAUAUCGUUGUAAAGACGAAAAACUUUAGAUGUAGAAUAAAUACAAUAGUC